AUGACCGUUUACUUCCUAACUUGCAUGCACUUAACACCUUUCUCACAUCUUACAGGUGAUUAUGCCUCCUUUUGUGAAGUGGACUUGUGUGAAAAAGCGGGGUACCUGCUACUCCAGCAACAUGAAGAACUUAAUAUCAGUACAGAUUUCCUACGUCAUGGCUUGCGAUUCGAAAAGGUAAAUCGAGGGUACAGACUUUCUGGUCCGGCUAAAGUGGACUACAUGAGAACGGCCCUGCAACACAUUCAGUGGUACAAUUUUCACCCGGCUGGUAUGGGUGGACGAUGUUUCCAACUCCACUGUGUGGCUGAGCUGGAGACCAUCCACUCUGACGGUUCAGUGGCCCAAUUAAGGGUGAAAAGCAAUCCAGUGCGCUCCGUGGUUCGUAUCCGGCACUUUACGUCCGUGCAUUCGACGCCAAUGACUUCAGAUCCUGAUUACAAGGGUCGAACCAUUUUCUUUGUGUCUGAGUCAACAUACAAACCGAUCGCCAAGCGUCCGCAAGCGUUUCGGGUACUCCGAGAUCUGGGACCCUCAUUAUACUCGACUGAUGUACCCCCAAAAGCUAGUUCAUCAGAUUCUGGUCAGUCGUUCGGUUAUCCACUCCUAAUCUUCGCAGUCACAUUGGUGGUGGUCCUGUUGACCGUGUUGAGUAUUGUCGUGUACUCAAAACUCCGAUCUUCUCAUCGUUUAUCUGGACUUGAGCCUGAGUGGGAACCAGUUAAUGCGGAUCACGUAGUAACGACAUCAGCCACAAAACGCCGCAAACAUCGUGGAUACGAAAGUCGCGAAACCAGCAGCACUCUCACCGACUCAUUACAGCUAAUUGUGAACCCUGUCAGUCAUCCGGAGGAGAUAGAAGAGAUGAAGAACAAAUUUUGUUUUUACGACCGGAAGAUUUAUGACGGUGAGCCAAUCGAUACGUUGGAAGGGGUGGAAAAUUCAUCUGAUGCAAACGAGGAGUUGUCCGAUUUCGACGGAGCCCCCGAUAAUAGAGCGUCAUCACUCACUGAGACUCUACUUGACGAUCGCAAAAAAGCAUUCCAUUAA